CGCUCUCUGUCGCUCUCUCUCCCUCCCUCUCUCUCUCUCUCGCUUUUCCUUCUUUAUUCUCUCACACUCUUCCUUUCAGAAUCAUGCAGUGCAGAGUCCGUGUGGAGUAAGGAGAAGCCAAUAGGAUGAGGUUUUGGUAAUAGAUGCAAAUGAUCAUGAAAAGACACUGCAAAAUAUGAAACAACUCAUUUGCGCCGAAGUAAAUCACUGAAAACUGUUUAUGAACUGGCACCUCUUCUUGGAAAUGUAAAACGAGAACUCUUUAAGUGGCGAUUUUUUUUAGGGGGGGGGGAAAGGCAAGCAUUCAGUAUCAUGCAGGCUUAGAGUUUUGAUUAUAUCCUCCUUUUAUAUUCCUGGAAAUCACAAACUGUUGUUGCUUAGCAUCUUAGCUCUUUCUUUGCUAAUAGAUUCCCGUGGUUGAAAAAAAAAAUAGAUUAUAUAUUUAAAUUAAAAUGAGCUCUUAUUUUGUCAACUCACUCUUCUCCAAAUACAAAACCGGGGACUCCUUGCGUCCCAACUACUAUGACUGUGGCUUUGCUCAGGAUCUGGGAGGCAGACCCACAGUUGUGUAUGGACCUAGCACGGGUGGUACCUUCCAGCAUCCGACCCAAAUUCAGGAGUUUUACCACGGAGCAUCCUCGCUCUCCAGCUCCCCUUACCAACAGAAUCCCUGCGCGGUCGCGUGCCAUGGGGAUCCAAGCAACUUCUAUGGAUACGACCCAUUGCAAAGGCAGAGCCUGUUCAGUGCCCAGGAGUCGGACUUGGUGCAGUACACGGAUUGCAAGCUUGCUUCCAGCGGCCUUGGGGAGGAGGCGGAGAACUCGGAGCAGAGCCCCUCUCCGACACAGCUCUUCCCCUGGAUGCGACCGCAAGCCGCUGGACGCAGGAGGGGCCGGCAGACUUACAGCCGCUACCAGACCCUGGAACUAGAGAAAGAAUUUCUGUUUAAUCCCUACCUGACCCGCAAACGGCGGAUCGAGGUGUCUCACGCCCUGGGACUGACAGAAAGGCAGGUCAAAAUCUGGUUCCAGAACAGGAGGAUGAAAUGGAAAAAGGAAAACAACAAAGACAAGUUUCCCAGCAGCAAAUGCGAGCAGGAAGAACUGGAAAAACAGAAAAUGGAAAGAGCCGCCGAGGUGGACGAGGAGGUGGAAGGACAGAAGGGGGACAAAAAAUAGGAUUUUUGAGAACUGAAAGGCAAGCACUGAUGGUUUGAUGAGAUCCUGACUCUUACAUUAAUGGCAGUUAAUGUAAGGGGGGUGGGGGGCAGGAAAAAAAACAAUGCAUAGAAAAGAGAAAAAGAAACCCUUUUAUUGCUGUAAAACAAUAUAGCUGUAAGCACCCACUUUUCCUGAUUGUCCUUUGAUACAAUGAACAGUAUGCAAAAGAGAUCGGAGGUCUUUCUAGCCUUUUGCCAGUUAUUAACUAGUGGUAGUGUAAUGCAAUAGCUUAUGUAAAACAUGACUGUGAAAUUCUCUCCUCUCUCUCUCUCUCUCUCUCUCU